AUGGCGGGGUGGAGGAAUCUGAAGCGACGGUUGACUUUCAGGGGCUUAAGCGGCUGCUGCGGUGGCGCCGCCGCCGCUUGGGCCAUCGCCGGCCCAGGGGUCAUACCCUCCGACCCUGACGAAGAAGAAGAAGAAGAAGAGACGGCCGGCGACGACGAGCGGGAAGAAGAGCCGAUGUUAAUCGGGGCGAGGCCGAGCGGGAUGAACCUGGCGAUGGCGCUGGCCGAGGAGCGGAAUUCGCGGGGAGGCGGAGGCGCGGAUUCCAAGACGUUGAUGAUGCUGAUCGGGGAAACGGACGGCUCGGAUUGGCCGACGAGCAAGCGGAGGAGAGAGGAUGAGAUUGUUGUUGAAGGUGGAGAAGCGGCAACGGACAAGAGGAAGGAGGAGGGCGGGGAUUGGCUGUGCUGCGUGUGCAUGGAGAGGGAUAAGGGCGCGGCGUUUAUCCCCUGCGGUCAUACCUUCUGUAGGGUUUGUUCGAGGGAUCUUUGGGCCCAUAGGGGUGGUUGCCCCGUUUGCAACCGUCCGAUCUUGGAGAUCCUGGAUAUCUUCUGA